AUGGCAGCUUCGUGCCGGCGUGUAUGGGAUCUUGAAACGGGUGAUCUGGAUCGCAGACAGCAGACCAGAGAUGAUGAGCGAGCACGACACCAGGUACUGCUGUUGGUCGGCAUUCAGGUUGGCGAGAGCGCCAAUGAUGAUUGGCGGCGAGGCGACACCGGCCAGCAUCGACAGGGCAUGCUGGAGUCCGAGCAGGAAGCCCAGCACGACAGGGAUCUCGUCGUCGAGCCCAAAGAAAGGCUGGACUUUUUCGGAGCCCUUCAUAAAUGGCAGACGUGGGGUGAACAGAUAAGCAUAAUCGUAAUCUCCAAGUAG